UGGUUACUGCUGUAUCUAACUAGGGCAACUACAAUUAAUUUUUUUUCUGGUGAUUAUUAAAUAGAAGUUACAUGCUUAAGCCCAUAUUCCGCGGGUUGACUCCCACUUUAGCCUGGCCCUGGCCAAUCAAUGUGAUGGCGGGACAGUAAUGCUAUUAUGUCGAAGGAGAGGGCGUUGUGAAGCAAUUCUAUCAUAUACAUUAAAUGUUCCCCUCUGACGUUGUCUGUGUUUUUGCCUGACACACGUACAUGCCAUUCAAUCACUCCCAGGAUUAACUCAGCGUGGAGGCUGAACUGGGGGCUGUGCUAGGUGCCGCCGUACACUUCUGCCUGCUGACAUUUCAUCUGACUUUCCCAUCUCAGCCACUUGAUCGCUCUCACUGCAGAGACGUUGGCUCUCACUUGCAGAGGAGGUUUGCCUAAUGCACAGCGAAAAGCUUCUCUCCAGGCUGCCUCAAUGCGCCGGCAUGGCUUUGUCAGCAGUGGAUAAGAAGCACCCACAGACCUCUAUCCUCUGCUCUAGACGUGGGGGAACCCGAUUGCAGCAGUGAUUUGGUUAGAGGGCAACAGCAUGAGUGUAUUGUGUUACCAAGGCAGGGGGUGGAGGUUGUGUCAACUACACGGACGCCUAUCGGAGGGAUUUUCUUAAUAACAUUUUUGCUGGUGAAGUGGGAUCCGAGCGCGUCUUCUGGUUCCAGACGCUGUGAAUCUAAUGCCGAUUGUAGCAGCAGAUCCCCCUUCCAUAUGGGGAAAAUAGAGCGAUCCAUAUAAACCGGAGAGGAGAUUGCGAGACUUCACAGCUGCCUCUGACCUUCAGCACCUCGGACAGCGAACCGGACGGUUCCAACUUUCCCAGCCGGGGUCUGACAGCUGCGUUUGAUUCCAUCCAGCCCCCAGAUAAUAACAGCCACAAGCCCAUAAGCGCUGGAUUAUAAGAGCAAUACCUCCAGGAAUGAUGAAUGGUUCUUCGACCAGUGGCUGCUGCUGUGCUGGCCAAAGUCUUUGUACAGUCUGACAAUCAAGCUUUGCUGGAAGUAAUGGUUUGAGGAUUAACCCGAAUCAGGUACAUUGCAAGGUCAAAGCCCAAUUUUGGAAAUCUCUAAUGGGAAAAGUUCAUCGUAUCGUUUUGGUUUACUUGUGGGAUUGCCCUCUGGACAUCUCCUAAACUGUUGUUCUUGCUUAAUUGUGCAUCAUGUCUGAUCCACAUCACAUUGUUGGAUUUUACUAGGCUGCAAUCUAGAGGUGAUGUGAUCUAAAGGAUAUGCCACACAUUUGGUGUUUCCCUUACUCUCCCUUGGCUGGAGAUACAUUUACAAACCUCUUUUCCUUGCAGCUCAUCCCUCGUCUGUUUUAAUGCAAACAUGUCUUUGGAUUACAUGACAAGCAUAUACCUUGGGUGAAAAUCAAGUCUACCAUUCUAGAAUGCCAACAUUGGGUGAUGGCAAAGGGCACAGAAGUUACCAGAAACCAAUUGGCAAGAUUGUGAGAUCCACCCUGAGGCACCUUGCUAUAAUUUUAUCUGCAGGUAAAAAGUGCAGCUGCCAUCCUCUUUACUCUGGAGGCAUCAGAUUGUUUGCAUCUUUAUGCUAUCAGAAGUUGGGUCAAACUAUUGUAUUUAGAUGACCAUGUGAACACCAAAGAGAUGAUUUCCUAAGCAAGGCUUUUCAAGUUAAUUUACCAUGGAAAAACUGUUUUGUUAUCUGCUGUUCAUUGGCAUGGCAGUAAGAGCAGAGAUCUGUCCAAAGCGUUGUGCCUGUCAGAAUUUAUCUCCAAAUCUUGCAACCCUUUGUGACAAGAAAGGACUGUUAUUUGUCCCUCCAAAUAUUAACAGAAAGACUGUGGAAUUACGACUGGCGGAUAAUUUUGUUACAAGCAUCAAAAGGAAAGAUUUUGCUAAUAUGACAAGUUUAGUGGACCUAACUCUGUCAAGGAAUACAAUAAGUUACAUUACACCUCAUGCAUUUUCUGACUUGCGCAAUUUGAGAGCUUUGCAUUUGAACAGUAAUCGACUGAGUAGAGUCGCCAAUGACAUGUUCAGUGGUCUUUUAAAUCUCCACCAUUUGAUACUUAAUAACAACCAACUAACAUUAAUUUCCUCUACAGCAUUUGAUGAUGUUUUAGCUCUUGAAGAACUUGACCUGUCUUACAAUAAUCUUGAAACUAUUCCUUGGGAUGCAGUGGAAAAAAUGGUUAGCUUGCAUACGCUUAGUCUGGAUCACAACAUGAUAGAACAUAUCCCAAAAGGAACAUUCUCACAUCUUCAUAAACUUAAUAGAUUAGAUGUGACAUCAAACAAACUACAAAAGCUACCACCUGAUCCUCUCUUUCAGCGAGCCCAAGUGUUAGCAACCUCAGGAAUAAUAAGUUCCUCCACAUUUGCAUUAAGUUUUGGGGGGAACCCUUUGCAUUGCAAUUGUGAAUUAUUAUGGCUGAGGCGUCUUUCAAGAGAAGAUGAUCUAGAAACGUGUGCUUCACCUCCACUUUUAUCUGGACGAUACUUCUGGUCUAUAACCGAAGAAGAAUUUUUGUGUGAGCCUCCACUAAUUACUAGAUAUACACAAGAGCUCAGAGUUCUUGAGGGACAAAGAGCAACUUUGAGGUGCAAAUCUCUUGGAGACCCCGAACCUGCAAUCCACUGGAUUUCUCCUGAAGGGAAACUUAUCUCUAAUGGAACCCGAAUUCUUGUUUAUGACAAUGGAACUCUUGACAUUCUCAUAACAACUGUUAAGGAUACAGGUUCAUUUUCCUGUAUUGCUUCUAAUCCUGCUGGAGAAACAACAAAGACUUCUGUCCUUCACAUUAUCAAGCUUCCUCACUUAGUUAAUAGUACAAACCAUAUUCAAGAGCCAGAUCCAGGCUCUUCAGACAUUUCUACUUCUACAAAAUCUGGUUCUAAUGCUAGUAGUAGCAAUGGGGACACAAAAAUUACCCAGGAUAAGAAAGUAGUGGUGGCAGAAGCAACCUCUUCCACUGUUCUCAUCAAGUUUAACUUUCAAAGGAAUAUACCUGGAAUACGUAUGUUUCAGAUACAGUAUAAUGGUACAUAUGACGACUCACUUGUUUACAGAAUGAUACCACCAACAAGCAAGACAUUCCGUGUCAAUAACUUGGCUGCUGGAACCGUGUAUGACCUGUGUGUCCUGGCAAUCUAUGAUGAUGGCAUCACGUCUCUCACUGCCACAAGAGUUGUGGGAUGUAUACAGUUUACAACGGAACAAGAUUAUGUUCGUUGCCAUUUUAUGCAGUCCCAGUUUCUGGGCGGUACUAUGAUAAUUAUAAUAGGUGGAAUUAUUGUGGCAUCUGUUCUUGUUUUCAUCAUAAUCCUGAUGAUCAGAUAUAGAGUUUGUAAUGGAAAUGGAAACCAUAAAGCUGCAAAAGUCAGCAAUGUCUAUUCACAAACAAAUGGAUCUCAGAAUCAAAGUUGUAGUUCUUCUGUGCCGUCGUCUGUCUCCAAGCAGGUUGUAGGACACGAGGAAAGCUCGCAGUGUUGUAAAGUGACUGCUGAAAGUGGGACGCAGGCCUCAGAGACUUGCCCAAGCCAAGAUGUUCCCUCAACUACCUCUGCCUUGUCUCACACUUGGACUGCAAACACAUCUGCAUCACUGAAGCAGAAAAGAAAAACUGCAUUAAAGCCUGUGGAUUCACAAACAGAUACAGUUUUAAAUAUUGAGUCCCAAAAUACAAAUAGAAAUAAUUCAACAGCACUCCGAUUAUCCACUUGCCCCUAUGGAUCCAUCAAAGAAGCACCAGUAUAUAAACGAGCACAAUCAAAGCCAAGCAAGUUUCUUACUUUACCGGCAGAAAUAUCAAGGGCAAAAAGAAGGUACUCUUUUAAUGGUGAAGUAAUGGAAUACCACUGCUAUGUCAACGCAUACAACACUAGUGGACUGUGGUCCAAAAGGAGCAUGUCAAUGAAUGGAAUACUUUUUCAGUCAGACAAUUCAGACAUGGACAGUGGUAAAGCAAGCUCUGAGUGGAUAUUGGAAAGCACUGUGUGAUACGCUCCUUUGCUUUUAAAAAGGAGUAAUACCAAUAAUUCAGAGCCCCAACCCUAACAGAAAUUGAAAGUUGCAGCUCCAGUCUUCUCGUUUUCAUUGAUGGUUUCUAUAUGCAUUGGGUAAUUUACAAGCCAGACAUUGCUUCUUUUUGUUUGAUCUUUAAUGGUGAAAAUAAUGUAAAAACAGAACAAGAUUUAAAGAGAUAGUGAUAAUGGGAAAAAAGUCACAAAACAGCACCAGUGCCUUCCCUUCUUAUAGGACUGGCUUCCUGGUUCUGCAUCAGCAGAAAUAAGACUGAAUUCACAAAAAAAGCCUUUCCAUCAAGCUUACAACAUACAAAAAUAUGAAAAACCCAAUUAUGGAAAAAUUAGUAAAAUAAUAUUUUUUAAAUGACCAGACUGUAUUUAUUUUUGAGUGACAAUGGUGUUGCCUUUAUUUUUAGGCAAAUGCUGUACAGAACAACAACUUCUGUGUUGUUAUGUUGUGUAAAAUAAAAUAUUAAAUAUCUAUACCAA